AUGAGUCGGACGGAGGCCGAUCUGGCCAUUAAUAUCCGCAAGGCCACUAGUAUCGAGGAAACUGCGCCGAAACGGAAACAUGUGCGCAGCUGUAUCGUGUACACGUGGGACCACAAAUCGUCGGCGGCCUUUUGGGCGGGCAUGAAAGUGCAGCCUGUCCUUGCCGACGAGGUCCAGACGUUCAAGGCUCUUAUUACUAUCCACAAGGUGCUGCAGGAAGGUCACCCCAUUGUUGUGCGCGAGGCGCAGCAGCAUUCCAAUUGGAUUGAUAGCUUGAUGCGCGGUGUUGGAGGAGAUGGCAUUCGAGGAUACGCUCCGCUCAUUCGCGAAUACGUGUUUUUCCUCGAGUCAAAGCUGGGUUUCCACCGGAAUCACCCUGAAUUCAAUGGAUUGUUCGAGUACGAGGAAUACAUUAGCUUGAAGACGAUCAAUGAUCCUAAUGAAGGAUAUGAGACUAUCACCGAUCUCAUGACCUUGCAGGAUCAGAUUGAUGCUUUCCAGAAGCUUAUUUUUUCGCACUUCCAAUCUGGUACUAACAACGAGUGCCGAAUCUCUGCAUUGGUGCCUCUGGUGCAGGAGAGUUAUGGCAUUUACAAAUUUAUUACUAGCAUGUUGCGAGCUAUGCACACAACAACCGGUGAAGAUGAAGCUCUCGAGCCUCUCCGCGGCCGAUAUGAUGCCCAGCAUUACCGUCUUGUUCGGUUCUACUACGAGUGCUCCAACUUGCGAUACCUGACUAGUCUUAUCACCAUUCCCAAGCUGCCGCAAGACCCCCCUAGCCUGCUCGGUGAUGAAGAUGAACGCCCCGCUCUGCCGAGGCGACCGGCCAAGGAGGUUGAGCAGCCAUCGCCGCCUCCCAAGGUGGCUGCCGAGCCUGAACCCAUCAACGAUUUCUGGACCACUGAGGCCAGACGCCAGCAAGAGGAGUACGAGGCCGAGCAAGCGCGCCUCCAGAACCAAUGGGAGGACCAGCAGCGACAGCAGAUGCUUGCCCAGCAGCAGGCUCAGCAAGACUUCGAGGAGCAGCAGCGCCUGCAGGCCGAGCAGCAACGGCUGGCACAAGAGCAAUUGCUCCGUGACCAGUACCAGACACAUACCCAGGGCCGCCUGGCAGAGCUGGAGCAGGAGAACCUCAAUGCUCGAGCCCAGUACGAGCGGGACCAGCUGAUGUUGCAGCAAUACGACCGCCGAGUCAAGGACCUGGAGGAGCAGAUGAACCAGCUUAACAGCAACCUUAACAUGCAGAGUGCCUCCAAGGACGAACAGAUCCGGGCUCUGCAAGAGCAGGUCAACACCUGGCGGACCAAGUAUGAGGCUCUGGCCAAGCUGUACUCGCAGCUGCGACAGGAGCACUUGGAUCUUCUGCAGACCACCAAGAGCCUCAAGCUCAAGGCUGCUUCCGCACAGGAGGCCAUUGAACGCCGUGAGAAGCUGGAGCGUGAGAUCAAAACCAAGAACCUAGAGUUGGCUGAUAUGAUCCGUGAGCGUGAUCGUGCGCUGCACGAUCGGGAUCGUGUCACCGGCACCGGCAAGGAUGAGUUGGAGAAGAUCAAGCGGGAGCUUCGGAUGGCGCUUGAACGUGCUGAGAAUGCGGAGCGCUCAAAGGGCACGGAGAUCUCGUCCAUGCUGUCCAAGUAUAACCGCGAGAUGGCUGAUCUGGAGGAGGCUCUCAGGAACAAAACCCGCGCUCUUGAAGACAUCUCUGGCCGCCACUCCGAGCGGGAUGGUGACCACGAGACUGCUCUUCGUGAGAAGGACGAGGAACUCGAAGUGUACAAGUCUGGCAUGGACGAGCUCUUGAUGGAAAUUGAGGAGCUGAAGAUGAACCAAGGCGAUACCGAUCAUGCGCUUGAUAGCCAGAUCGACACUGUUCUUCACGGCGCAGUGGCCAAGAUCAACGACAUCAUUGACUCUGUGCUGCAGGCUGGUGUGCAGCGCGUGGAUGAUGCUCUGUACGAGAUGGAUUCGUCCAUGCAGGCCGGUAACUCUAAUGCCUCGCCUCCCUAUGUCCUGUCGCAGAUCGAAAAGGCCUCGGCCUCUGCUACCGAGUUCUCCACGGCCUUCAACAACUUCAUUGCCGACGGUCCCAACAGCCCCCACGCCGAGAUCAUCCGCACAGUAGCUGUCUUCUCUGGAUCGAUUGCAGACACUCUCAGUAACACCAAGGGUCUUUCCCGCUUCGCCAACGAUGACAAGAGCUCCGACCAGCUGUUCAACGCGGCCCGUAAGUCUGCCCAAGCGACUUUGCGCUUCUUCCGUGGUCUCCAGUCCUUCCGCCUCGACGGCAUGGAGCCCCUGCAGAAGACCGACGUCGUCAUCAACAACAACCUGGAGGUCCAGCGCGACCUGCAGACCCUGUCGAAGAUGGUGGAGUCCUUCGCGCCCAAGAGCAGCAAGAUUAACACCAAUGGCGACCUGGGCGACCUUGUCGACCAGGAGCUGCUCAAGGCCGCCGAUGCCAUUGAUGCCGCAGCCCAGCGUCUCGCCAAACUGAAGAACAAGCCCCGCGACGGCUUCUCAACAUAUGAACUGAAGAUCAACGACGCAAUCCUUGCCGCCGCCAUCGCCGUGACUAACGCUAUUGCCGAGUUGAUCAAGGCCGCCACCGAGUCUCAGCAAGAGAUUGUGCGUGAAGGCCGAGGCAGCUCGACCCGCACAGCAUUCUACAAGAAGAACAACCGCUGGACUGAGGGCCUAAUCUCCGCCGCCAAGGCCGUGGCCGUAUCAACCAACACUCUCAUUGAGACUGCCGACGGCGUCAUCUCCGGCCGCAACUCCCCAGAGCAGCUCAUCGUCGCCUCCAACGACGUCGCCGCCAGCACCGCCCAGCUAGUCGCCGCUAGCCGAGUCAAGGCCACCUUCAUGAGCAAGACCCAAGACCGCCUGGAAACAGCCAGCAAGGCCGUUGGUGCCGCAUGCCGCGCACUCGUCCGCCAGGUACAGGCGAUCAUCGCCGAGAAGAACGGCGCCGAAGGCGACUCCGAAGACUACGGCAGGCUCAGCUCGCACGAGUUCAAGGUUCGCGAGAUGGAGCAGCAGGUCGAGAUCCUCCAACUCGAGAACAACCUCGCCCGCGCCCGUACACGUCUGGGCGAGAUGCGCAAGAUCUCAUACCAGGAAGACUAA